AUGUCCGAUCUUGAUAGAAUGAAAAAAACUGGCAAUUUCAGUCGUAGGGUCGCAAAGUACCUGAAGAUGGAUUUACCAGUCGAUGAAGAAGCAGGAUCAAGUGGAUUGAUGUCACAACAAUUACAUGCCGUUAAUCCUUCGGAUAGCACCGAUUUGCCGUCUGAACCACAAGAGCAUCAAGGAGAGGGAUCCAUUCAUUCCGAAGAUCCGAACUUAACGGAUUAUUUAGAAUCGAGUGACGAUGAGAGCUUUGGGUCUGAAGAAGACUAUAAAAGUUUUGACUUGUUGCCCCUGCUUGUUUGUGUAAGGAAAACCACACCGUCUUGCAGUCAGCUGUCGUUGAACGUAUCAAUUGAUGGCCUGCCCCUUCAUAAAAGCACCACCUUGCAGUAUUGGCCGAUAUUAUUCAAUAUUAAUGAGCUACCCCGUGUGCCAGUGAUGGCAGCGGGCAUCUUUUAUGGGUUGUCCAAACCCGAAAAUAUUGAGCAAUAUCUGCGUCCGUUGGUAGAUGAAAUUAAUUUUCUCAUUGAGCACGGAAUCAUCAUCAACGGGAAAAAGUUGUUCGUCAAACUGCGAGCUAUUAUCGCCGACACUCCGGCCAGGUCGUUCGUGAAAGGUACUGUUGGGCAUACCGGCUACGCAGGAUGUAUGAAAUGUGUUGUAGAAGGACAAUACAGUAGAGAAGGUCGUACGGUUGUGUUUCCAGGAGUAGGUGCACCAAAACGAACAGACAAGGGAUUCAGAGAAAAUGCGUACCCGAAACACUGCAAAAUGAUAUCACCACUUUUAGAUCUUAAGGAUUUUGAUAUCAUCAACGAUGUGAUUGUUGCAGAUCGUUUACAUCUGAUAGAUCUUGGGGUCAUGAAACGUUUGCUGAUUGGGUGGCGUGACGGAUCGCUGGGCAAAGUGCGUUGGUCAACUUCGCAAUGUUCGCAGAUUUCGAAGGCGUUAGGCAAUAUUAAACUCCCUGCUGAAAUCCAUCGCCCACUGCGCCCUGUUGUUUAUGCUGGGAAAUGGAAAGGAUCGGAGUUUGCCUCGUUUUUGCACUACGCAAGCAUUGUGGUGUUGAAAGAACAUCUCCCCCAAGAAUGUUACCAGCAUUUUUUGUUGUUAUUUUGUGCAGUAACAAUUCUAUCCUCGCGUGUAUACCGUCCGAUGUGGUCACUUGCCGGACAGAUGCUCGAAAGAUUUGUCACCCAAUAUAGCCAUGUCUAUGGAGAGCGUUAUAUAGGCAGCAACGUCCAUAACCUGCAACAUGUGUAUGAAGAGGUGGCUCGUUUAGAGUACCAACUACAGUCGAUAGGGUUGCAGGCCAUUUGGAGGCUUGUAACAUUCGGCGACGUUCCAUUGACAUCGAAACUGGUGAUCAAAUUGUGCGACACAUCAAUAUAA